AUGAAGGGUACGAGAAAAAGCCGGGGAGGAUGUUUAGUUUGUAAGCGCAGAAAGAAGAAGUGUGACGAGCUCAAGCCUCAGUGCAGCAACUGCUCGCGACUCAAGCUACCGUGCAAGUACGGCUUGGUAAUCAACUGGGACAGAGUGGAGCUACGGACAGUUUCAGUCGUGAGAUCUCGACGGUUUCCCAUACUGGAGUUUGUCAAUUACAACCCCUGGCAGUUGGAAAUGGCAAUCUCCAUUCAGAACGGAACAAAGUUUCGGUGGAUCAGAGACAGAUCGCCGAUCCUUACCCCCGCUUCCCCGGCAGAAUUUGUUGAGUGUUCGAAAACGUCGGAAAAGUACAUCUUCAACCACUACAUCAGCAAUAUCAGUGCCACCUUGGUUUUCCACGGAAAACACACCUCUAACGAGUUCUACUCCAUUGUUGUUCCCCAGUGCGAGCGGUUUGCCGCGCUGUUCCAGAUCGUUCUCAGUUAUGCAGCCAUCGAUCUCGCCAAGAUGGAGCUUGUCAAACCCAACCCGGACAUAAACCUUGCCAAAUCUUUCUACAAGCUCUAUCUAAGCCAUAAGGAUCAGGCCUACAACGAGCUUCAUUUGACGCUUGACACAAGUGAUAUUUCGGAGCUCGAGACCAUUGAGGAGUUGAUUAUCACCAUUAUGCUCCUUUGCUCCUCCGAGGCUACUAACAAUACACAGAAGAACUGGAGCAGUAUCUUAAAGGAAGGCUGCUUAGUGUUUUCCUCCUUGACGUUCUCUCAGAUCAUCAACUCUGACGUGUUGGUGUUUGCAUAUAAACAGUUCUCAUUGCGGUACAUUCUACUAGUUUCCACUCUGAAGGGAAAUACACUAACGCGGUUUUUGGAAGAGACCCAAUGGCCCAAUAUUGACGCUGUAUAUAACAGUGACAAUGUAGACCAUCUAUUUGGGUGCUCACCAAGGCUGCUGCACACUAUCUAUAAACUGGCAAUGUUGAACCAUCUGAGAGACAGUGACUCAAUCGACGAAUCGUUGCUGAUGGCACGCUACCUUGAAAUCUGGAAAGCACUUUUAGAAACAGUCCAGGUCUCCACUGCGGACAACCCGCAUCUUGGGCUGUGUGCUGAGAUCUAUCUGGUUUCGGCCAAACUUUAUUUAUGCAUGUUGCUCUCUCUAGGAGACUUGCCGCUAACACGCGAGUUCAAUCAACAUAUUCCAGACCUGAUGCAUGAUCUUAUCGACAAGCUCGAGGAUCUUAGCAAAAUUCAUCUCAAAAUGUUCCAUCCAAUGUGGGGGAUCCUUAUCCUUGCUGCCUGUCAAACUGGGGGUCCAGAAAGCGACGAGUUCCGUUUUAGAAUCCUGUCGCUGAUCAGUGUCAAUGAGAGCAGAUGGCCCCUAAGCAACUAUAUUCAGCUCAGAGAUAUCAUCAUGGCUCUCUGGGCAACUUACGACUUCUGCGUGGAAGACCCAGAGCACUCUAGAGGCGUCAUCAUCUCCGGUCCCAGAUCCACAGAUUGGAGAGACGUUGUAUGUAAUUCAGACUUCUGGCUUCUACUGGUCUAA